AUGGCAGACGCCGACGGCAGCUCGUCCGACGAGAGCUUGGACAUCACGAGUGACAAAUUCGAUCCUCUGAAAGCCCUGUACACACCGAAAUUAUUGCUGACGAACCUAACGGCCCCGUUGUACGACAAUGUCUCCAAGUUCGAGUCGGUUAUGUCCGGCAUGUCCGGUAAAUCGAAAAAGAAAAAUGUGGCGGCUGACGUCGGGCAAGGGGAAAGUUCGAGGCAACGAUUUUUACCCCAUCAAGAACCAGUGGUCGGUGGCAAACGGAUCUCAGAAGGGCGGAACGUCCUCGUGAAAAUGCAGAACGCCCUCGGACCGCUCGGCGUGCUCUACGAUUGCAUGGAGAAACGGACGCGAGUCAAGGUCUACACCAGGAACGCGAGCGGCAUAAGGGGACACGUGGAGGCAUACGUGGCCGCCUUCGACAAGCACUGGAACCUCGCGCUCGAGGACUGCUUCGAGGUUUGGACCCGCAAAGUCAAGAGGAAAGCGCCUGCCCUCGGUAGGCCGAGCGCGACGACAGCGGCCGAUGAAUCCGCGCCCAAAGUGGUCGUGACGAAGAUCGAGGGAAAGAGGGAGACCUUGGAGAGACACGUGCCGCAAAUGCUGCUGAGGGGCGAGCAUGUCGCUAUAAUCGUCAAAACCAAUUGAGCCGGUGAAUACGGCCUAUAGCUGCGGACGGGAGAGCGGAUGGCUGCGACGUCUCCAGCGAACUGCAGCUUGCAGCGCACCGAUCAAACACAUCCGACGCUCGCCAAAGACUUCCUUCGCUAUUUUCCGCGUCGAAUCGAGCUUAACCCUUUGCACUCGAGCGGUGACUCUCACCAUUAACACAUUUGUUAUAGCAUAUUCCAAGAUAAUUUUUAUGUUAACAAUGUUUACAUUUAAGAAAUUGUUAAUAGCGUAACUGUGUUGUACGAGUCACCGCAAGAGUCGAUUUCGUAUGCAUAAAGUGCACUUUAUUCAUAUAAAAUGGAAAUACUGUAAGACGGAAAGAUUAUUUUAGGUUUACGGUUAAAAUAUAGCUUCGAGUGCAAAGGGUUAAGUGCUUCAGAUACGUUGAAUCUCGCGAGAUCUAUCCGCGAUUCUACUCGAUCACAUUUACCAAAAUUUUUUACGCCAUUUUUUAACGUAUCGCUGGAUAAAAAUAAUAAUAAUAAUAAUAAUAAUAAUGGUAUAAAUUUAUUGACGCUAACGGGAAAGAUCCUUCGUCACAUAGUAAAAGAUAAUGUGCAAAAUGAUACACGAAGAAUGAAGAAAUAAAGAAACAAGGAAAUAAUAAAACAGAAA